AUGUUGUCAAAGAGAAGCAUAGGCUUAGGAAGCCCAUUGAAUACCUUCUUGAGAUGGAGGUUGGCAUCGCGAAGCAUAAACAUGAGUGCUCGUGUCUGGAAUCAAGCAGAACCACACUGGACGGCCAAACCGUCGAUGGAUAGGGAGCUUCCAGAUCCUUUCGCUGAACAGAAGCAAAACAGAAGAUAUUUUUGGGCAUAUGGUAUCGGGGUCACUUUGUCUUGCGUCAUUAUCUUUAACUACGAGAAGACAAGGUCCCCUAUUAUUAAUUCUAGUAUGUACUUUCUAAGAAGAUCGGAUAUAGCGAAAGAGCACCUAGGCAAACACAUAGCUUUUGCAAGUUCAUGGCCCUGGAUAUGGGGAACGUUGAAUGCCGUGAAGGGUAACGUUGAUAUUCUGUUCAAAGUUUCAGGCUCUGCUGCUAACGGUACAGUUUUACUUAAGGCUAAAAGAGAAUCAAAGUUGCUCCCUUUUAAUGUUGAACAUUUCCUUCUUGAGGUAAACGGUGAGCAGUACGACCUCACUAGUGAUCCUGCGGUCUCUUUUUUAAUCUAG